AUGCGUUCCGCAAGCCUUCUCGCUGCGGCCAUCGCCCUCUGCGGCGUCGUGCUAGCAGCACCUCCCGCACCAUCUCCCACCAUCACCCAGGCGCCUGCCGCCGUCCACACUGCGGCCGCACGCGGCACCCCGAACUGCACCUCCAUCCAGCACUACUGCAGCAGCUGCGGCUCCGAGGAUUUCGACUGCGAGACCGAUCCACGAUGCGAGUGGUGCAGCGCUCACCUCUGGAACUCGACGACUUCGACUUCGACGUCGACGAGCUCGUCUAGCACAUCGACUGUUUAA